GCCAUUAGACAAAAGGAGGAGCGGGCGGCGGGCGGGGCGCAGGAAGCGGGGGCCGCGGCGGGCGCGGGGCGCGGCGGCGGGACAAAGGCGCGGCCGCCCGGCGCCCCCAGCAGCCCGAGCCGGGGCGCAGCCCGCGCCCCCCGCCGCGACUGACAUGAUGUUCCCACAAAGCAGGCAUUCGGGCUCCUCGCACCUCCCCCAGCAGCUCAAAUUCACCACCUCGGACUCCUGCGACCGCAUCAAAGAUGAGUUCCAGCUCCUGCAGGCCCAGUACCACAGCCUGAAGCUGGAGUGUGACAAACUGGCUAGCGAGAAGUCGGAGAUGCAGCGGCACUACGUCAUGUACUAUGAGAUGUCCUACGGCCUGAACAUCGAGAUGCACAAGCAGGCUGAGAUCGUCAAGAGGCUGAACGGCAUCUGCGCCCAGGUCCUGCCCUACCUCUCCCAGGAGCACCAGCAGCAGGUCCUGGGGGCCAUCGAGCGGGCCAAGCAGGUCACCGCCCCAGAGCUGAACUCCAUCAUCCGGCAGCAGCUCCAAGCCCACCAGCUGUCCCAGCUGCAGGCGCUGGCGCUGCCCCUGACGCCCCUGCCCGUGGGGCUGCAGCCGCCGUCGCUGCCGGCCGUGAGCGCGGGCACCGGGCUGCUGUCGCUGUCCGCGCUGGGCUCCCAGGCCCACCUGUCCAAGGAGGACAAGAACGGCCACGACGGCGACACCCACCAGGAGGACGACGGCGAGAAGUCCGAUUAGCCGGUGGUGGGGCAGAGGCUGCUGCGGGCCGCUGCGGUGGCGGCCGGGGGAUGGGGAGGGCGGGAGGGGAAACUGAGGCACAGAGCGACAGGAAUGCAGAACGCCAGACAGCUUAGCUCGGGACCGGCGACACUCACGGUAUUUAUGGUCAGCGCUGCUGCCGCCGGCCGCUUGUUAGCCACCCCUAGAUUUCUCCUGCCCCCUCCAGCCACUCCGGCUCCCCCACUUUUCUCCCCACUCCCUUGUGGCAAACUGAGGACCGACCGGCAUCUUUGGGGGGACCAGAACCCGCCCCGCAGGGAGCAGAGCAAAACCUCUAGGACCCCAGCACCCCACGCACCCCAUCGCACACGUCUGUCGGUUAGUCUGUCCUCUCGCUGGGCCCCCUUGGGACAGCGCUGCAGCGGCCACCCUGGCAUUGCAUGUACUCAAUGCUAACAGCCCCUCCCCGCCUGGGCGCCCCGAAUUGGCCCCUGCCCCCCCCCACCACCUCUGCCCCUCGCCUGCUGCUGUAGCCGGAGCGGCCCCCAGCCCAGCUCUGGGAGGCUGAGGCGGGAGGGUCUGGAGGUGCAGCCCAAUCUGGGCAGCCUGAGCGACUCAGGUGGGAGCCUGCGUCAAAAUAGGAACUACGGGGCCCGGGUUCGAUCCCCAGGGCUGACCGAAGGGAAGCACGUCCCGCCGGGACCAGCAGGGUGGGGGCAGCGCCCUGGGGUUUCCUUCCCCUUCCCCAAUAAAGAUGAGGGUACUGAAGUUGUCUUGGUGGUUCUUAUUUUGGUUUUUCUGUAACGCUAGCCUGACUUCUAAGAAAGGAGACCCUAAAAAUCAAAUGGAGCCCCCGCGCCAGCUGUGUCUGGUCAACCUCGGUGCUGUCCGUCUGUCUGGCUCUGGGGAGGGAAGCGUGGAGGGCGGGCUAGCUGUGCCUUUCAAAUAAAGACGUGAGAAGGUU